AAUAACCCUAAUGAAAAACGACUAAAUGAAUUGAAAUUAUUGUAUAUUGAUUUUCUUGAAAUGGAUCAAAUAUCGAAACAAUUUAACAAUUAUAUACAACGAAUAAAAAAUCUUGAUCAAAUUAUCUUUGGUAAUAUAUCCGAAACAUUUCGUAGUACGAAUCAAACGGAUAAUUUGAUACCGAUUCCAUGUUCAAUAAAACAAGUGGCCAAUAAAAUACGGAAAACACCAUUGGAUCAAUGGCCAAUGAUAAAUCCAUCAUUACAAUGCUAUCGAUUGGAUAAACAGCCACUGUUAUUGAUGAAUUGUAAUUACAUUAAUACAAAUGAUUGUAUUGUUAAAUUGAUUGAACAAAUUUUACCUGUUAUGAUCGAUAUUGACAAAGAUAUUGAUCGUGUUCAUUAUGCAUUACAGUUAAUAAUGCCAAAAUUGCGUGAUGGUGAAUAUGUGGCCAUUGAUUUACUUGAACAAUUGAUGGAUAAAAUUGAAUCGUUUCAAUGCGAAAUUCAAACGGCAUAUGAAUGGUUGAUGAGCUAUAAUGAACGUAGAGCUAAUCGAAUAGUCAAUUAUAUCCGUCAUAUUCAUAAUGGUGAUGAACGAAUCAUUUUAAAUCGAUUUGAUCAGGAUUGUUUAAUUAUGUUUCAUAAAAUUAUUGAUGAUUUAUAUCGUUGGUCAAUAUUAAUUUAUCGAUUAUUCACCAUUAAUCAUGAACAAUUGAUGGAAUACAAGAAUAUUCAUGGUGGUAUGACCAUUAUUGAUAAGGAAAGAUUUGAAAAUUUUUAUCAAUAAGAAAAA